GUGUGUUGAAACGUCCCAUCAUUGCCUGAAUUGAGGCAAAGAAUGCAGUAUACUGACAAUGUAGGAAGGCCGACUUUGCAUGAACCGAGAACUUAUCUUCAGAUUUCUAACUAGCAAAUUAUGUCGUCGAUAAUAUGAGGACAUUUGUCUACAUUUUCAUAAGGAUCUCGCAGAAAAUAAGUGUUUUUGCCAAAGCAAAUAACUCGAUUUCGCCACCCCCUCGUGGUCCCGGUCCCUCCUCCCAGUCCUGUCUUGGAAGGGCUAGUGACGAGUGGUUUGGUCCUUUUUCGUGUUAGAUUCACAUCAACUAGGAAUGAUGCUUCGACAUUUUCUAAAUGUGAGGUAAACUGUUGGCAUAGUUUGCUAACGUUACGUAUCAAUGUAAGAAAAAGAGGACCACUUUAACGAAUGCAUCAAUCAAACAUUAAUUUUAACCAGUGAGAUUGGAAUUUGAAGACGGAGACCCUCCGACCCUUUCCCCCGAACCUGGAUAUCGGAAUGGUGGCUUGGAGCACUGAUAAUCUGGACACUUCUGGGGAGCCCACUACCCGCUCCGUGGGCACCACUGCCAACUUGAAGGGGAAGAUGAGCAAGAGGCUGUCUGUUGUGAAAGGUCACUUCCCUAAGCUCGUUGACUGUGCCCACUUCCACUAUGACAAUGUGGAGUUUGGCUCCAUCGAGUUGCAGUUUGCGAAUGAGCAGAGCGUUGCUAGCUGGAACUCGGGCUCUGCCAAAAACCUGGUUUUCCUGGUGCAGGUGUCCUGCCAGGCUAAGAUGUGGAUGGUUCGGCGCUCCUAUGAGGAGUUCCGUACUCUGGACGCUCACCUCCACCAGUGUAUCUACGACCGGCGUUACUCCCAGCUGCUGCCCCUGCCACCCCUCAGCGAGAUCGGGGACAGGGUAGAGAUCUUCACCCCGCUGCUGUCGGAGUACCUGAGCCGCCUCUCCAUGAUCGUGGACAACAAGCUCAACUGUGGGCCUGUGCUCACCUGGAUGGAGAUUGACAACCGUGGGAAUCGGUUCCUCCUGAAAGAGGAAGCUUCGCUCAACGUUCCCGCCAUCGCUGCUGCUCAUGUCAUCAAGCGUUACACGGCGCAGGCCAGCGACGAGAUCUCCAUUGAGGUGGGAGAUAUCCUGUCUGUAAUUGAUAUGCCACCCAAAGAGGACUCCAACUGGUGGAGGGGGAAGCAUGGCUUCCAGGUGGGCUUCUUCCCCAGUGAGUGUGUGGAGCUCAUCAACGAGAAGCCUCAGUCCACUGCUAAAAUAGAUGGAGAUCCAGCCAACUCCAGCGCACCAGGACCUCCCUCUCCUACAUCCGUUUCUAAGAAGCACGGCAAGCUGAUAGGAUUCCUGCGCACCUUUAUGAAGUCCAGGCCCACCAAGCAGAAGCUCAAACAGAGAGGCAUUCUUAAGGAGAGGGUGUUCGGCUGCGACCUGGGAGAGCACCUCCUCAACUCAGGACUGGACGUUCCACAGGUUCUAAAGAGCUGCUCAGAGUUCAUAGAGAAGCAUGGUGUGGUGGACGGCAUCUACAGGCACUCUGGAGUCUCCUCCAACAUUCAGAAACUCCGACAUGAGUUUGACAGUGAGAAUGUUCCAGACCUGACCAAGGAUAUGUACAUGCAGGACAUCCACUGUGUGGGGUCCCUGUGUAAGCUCUACUUCAGAGAGCUGCCUAACCCCCUGCUCACCUACCAGCUCUACGACAAGUUUGCUGACUGUAUGGGAGAGAUGACGGACGACGAGCGCAUGGUGAAAGUACAUGAUGUCAUUCAGCAGCUCCCACCACCGCACUACAGGACCCUGGAGUACCUCGUUAGACACCUGGCUGGUCUGGCCACCUGCAGCGGAGAGACCAACAUGCACAUCAAGAACCUGGCCAUUGUCUGGGCCCCCAACCUGCUCAGGUCUAUGGAGAUCGAGGCGGUGGGUCUGAGUGGUGCAGACCCGUUUAAGGAGGUGCGGAUCCAGUCUGUGGUGGUGGAGUUUCUCCUCGGUCACGUGGACGUGCUCUUCAGUGACUCCUUCACCUCUGUAGGACGCUUCACAGGCACAGGGCGGCACUCUCUGACCAGGCCCAAGUCCUUUGUGUCCGCCAGGCUGCUCUCCCUAGAAGAGGCCCAGGCCAGGACACAGGCUCCUUUGCUCCUCCAGGGGGCGCCAGUCCAGUUCCAGGGCCAGUUCCACACCGUGCUGGACCACCCUGUCGACAGGAGGAAGAGAGGGAUGAAGGUACGGAAGGCAGCUGGAGGGAGCUGGAAGACAUUCUUUGCGAUCGGGAAGCCCCCGGGGGCGGGGAGACGUAAACCAAUGAGGAUUAGCUCCCUGUUCCAGCCCGCCACCUCACACGCAGGUUGUCGUGUGGACAGUGUGACCCUGCGUUCAGCUAAGAGUGAGGAAUCCUUAUCAUCCCAGCACAGUGGAGCAGGACAGUCUAGCCGUCUGCGGCGGCCCCGCUCCAGCAGUGACGGUCUGUCUUUGGCUGCCUCCAUGGACCCCCAGCACCUGCCCCAGCGCCCCCCGUCCCGCCUGCCUUCCAGCCGCUCGUAUGACAGCCUGCUGCCUGAGGACCGCCGGCCCAGGGAUGAUGGAGACGAUGAGCAGGAUGACGACGAGGAAGGCAUCUACAUGCUGCCUGACUUCUCCAACCAGGACCCGGCUGCUUCCUGGAUGGCCGAGGACGUCAUUGACUUCAGCCCCACCUUCCUGGAGGACGGACCAAUCGGUUUGGGCAGCAGCACAGUCACCGCGGGCGGCAGGGAGUCCCCGCCAACUGCCACGCCCCCUCCCUACCGCUGCCUCAACCACCAAGGACACUCUCACUCCAGCAGCCAGCGCUCAAUCACAGAGGACCCCGACUCGGUGCUCAACCAAUCGAAUGCGGCCGUCAGGAGGAGUCUGAUCAUCGCCGCCACAGCCCCGCCCCUUCAGGUGUUCUGUCAACACAGACCGGCCAAUACCAGCCCAUCUGCCGGCCAAUCAGGGGAAGGCUCCAACCGGAGUACCUCAAACAGCCAGGGCCAGCCCACUACACCUGUGACCUCUGCCCCCUCUGCUCAGCCCCCAACAGAGAGAAGAUCUUUCACCCGGAAGAUGGUGAACGCCUUCUCGCAAAAAGCCCCCAAGUCCCCUACACUGGACAUCUCUGACCCUGUAUCCAUCAGCGUCCCUGCUAAGGUGUUGGACAUGAUUGGCGGCCGAGCUGGUGAAUUACAGCCUGGCAUCCCAAGCAGUGGACCCUCCCAGUCGCAGCCUCCUCAGAUGAUCUGCAUGCUGCUGAAGUCAUGUGACUUCCAGCUGACGGAGAGCUGCCAGCAGGAGAUCUGCAGCAAACUGGGCCCCGAGGCCAAGAUCAGAGGACAGGGUAUAACGGAACCCACCGGUGCCCCCCUGCUCUCCCAGCCUCCCCCUCCCCCUCCUAAAAACCCAGCACGCCUCAUGGCUCUGGCCCUGGCUGAGAGUGCCAACAAGGCCCUGAGACAGGGCGCCUCGCCCCCCUACCGCCCCCCUCAGUCCCGGUCCCAGGACGCAGCCGACACCCACUACCAGAGGUCCCUGUCUGCCGACGCAGGAGAGCUGCUGUCCUCUGACCCCAAUCCGCUCUACUCCACAGUGCGCCCCCUGUCUGUGGGGAUGACCGAGGGAGAGGAAAACGCGACAGAGACUGCAGCAGAUACAGGACACGGCCAGGGAGAGAGGACUCCAGGACAGGAUACGGACACCCUGUCCUCUGAGACGUCCGACUCUGUGGCGUCCAACUCGGAGCUGUCUGGUGGGAGCGCCUCUGGAGACGACCAGACCCCCAGCCCCAUCUACAAGAACCAGAAGCAGCUGUCCCAGUCACAGCCCCCCAAACCAGGCCAGUCUGGGGAGAGACCUAGCCCCACUGAAUCCCAGUCUCAGAGGAAGCCCCCAGCCUACUCACGCCAGUUCUCUGCCCCUCACCUCCAACAGAAAUCAACCUCCACCCAGUCCAAGCCGUCCUCAGCCCACCCCCAGCUCCUGCACUCCAAGUCAGAGUCCCCUCUGACUCAGGUCCGUGCCUUCCAGCCCACCCGCCCCAAAGUACCCCCUAAGCCCCUGGAUCUGAAGCGUCCCCAUAGAGCACCACUGGCCCAGACUGAGAUGCGUCGCUCCCUGGACUCAGGGCGCAUCAGGCGGAUCUUUGGUCAGCAGGGGAACCCUCCUCUGGCCAGGGCCUUCUCAGAGCGUCUGAGUGGAGCUCCAGACCACCUCGCCCGCUACCACGCAGCCAGCCAACCAUCUCCGGGUCAGCAGCCCCCUCAGCAGACUCAGAUCCGGCCCGUUCCCCUCUCCUCCACCUCAGAGGACCAGGGAAAGAUGGAGAACUUCUACUACGAGAUCGCCGGGCCUGAGAACCCGCAGGGCCCCAGCUAUGCCCGCCACAGCUACCAGAACAUGAGGCUGGACCUGGAGGGUAACUUCCGCCCGGCCCCCCACCCAGAGGCCAACAAAAGGCCCAUCUCCCGGGGGCAUCACCAACACCAAACCCAGCCUCUCCACCACAACCAGGGUGGACCCAGAGGGGAGAGGGGGCCCCAGCUCUGGUCCAAAGAAGCCACGCGGGCUUGGGCAGCUGCCCACUCCCAGUCCCACUCAUUCUUCCACGGACACUCCCACUCCCAGGACGGCUCCACCCACCACCAUCACCCCUCUCACCCCCGGCCCCAGCGCCAGACCUCCUCCUCAAUCCGGCUGGCCCGUAGUGAGAUGCACCCCCCCUCCUCCUCCAUGGUUCCCCUGGCGCUCCACCAGCACCAACACAACCUCCACCGCUCCAACCGGUCAGCCUCCACAGACCUCACCUCCUCCCAGCUACACCCCUAUUUUGAAAACGGGAAGGUGUGCUAUCGUAAGCCAGAGGAGGCUCCUCUGAGUCUGAGCCAGCCUCCCCAGGGCAUCUCUCUCCAGGGUCAGCCAUCCCAGCCCUCCCCUCCCCAGGCCCACAGACCAACCUCCAAGGACCUGUCUGAGCCCAUCUACGUCAACUUCCCUUUCCCCAGCCCCUCUACUGGGGCCCAAAACACAAAGAACUGGACCAGCACAGACCUGGAUGGAGACUCUACACAGAAUUCUGAACCUCUUGCCACGCCAAACGACCCCCCUCCCCCAGAGGACCAGAGACAAUCCUCCCCCCGCCUGGACCCUGACCAGGGAGGCUCCACCAGUGUUAGCCUUACCCCCUCCACUCCAGACAGCCCAGCCGCCCACAACGACUCGGCUGCAACGACCCCAGGGAGCAUCCAGGAGAGCGACUUCCUCCCAGCUCCCACAGCGUCUACAUCGACAGGGAUCCACUACCGCAGCCGCUCAGACCCCCAGAGCUCCAGCUGCAGUACGGAGCCCAUCCCGGGCCUGUCGGGGAAGGAGAUCGCCUCCCUGCUGAUAGAGAAGCUGGCUGAGGAGGAGAGGGCUGAGGGUCCCUCCACAGUCACCUCCACCAGCUCCUCCCCUGCCAUGGAGCACCCUGCCAACCCCUACCCCAGCCAGCAGCACAACCAGCCCCCGCCUGCCUAUAAUGUCUACACACCGGGCCCCUCACUGAUCAGGGCUCCUCAGAGGGCCGGGGCAGGGGUCUUCCAACGCCAAGACCCGCUUCGGAGGUUCGCCGGGGGCCAGUACAGGCAGGCCUUUGACGUCAUGCCCUCAGGCGAUCAGGUGCUCAAAUACUACCGGACCCAAGACUUUACCCCUGGGCCCCUGGGAGAGCAUCAGAGCUCUGGCGCUAACCCCUACCCCCCUCGGCAGCACUAUCAAGAGCCCCCCUACCCCAUCCAGAGCCCCCAGGACCCCUGCUCCUCCGGCUACCCCAGCCAGCUGCUCUUGGAGCCCUCAGACUCCCCGUCUGCAGCCUUCUCCAACCUGACGCUGGGAGCCCCCAGGCCCUACCCCGGCCAGCCAGGAGGCCCCCAGUACAGCCAAUACCCAUUCCAUCCUGGCCCGAUGCUGGGCCAAUACCCCAACCCUCCCCCCCGCAGAGAUGUGGUCCACGAGCCGGUGCUGCGGCCGCAGGGUCUGAGGAACCAGAGAGGGCUGGCACGGCAGGGCAGCUUACCUGGACCAUCACCCAACUGGACCAUCCAUACUGAGGGUCAGACACGCAGCUACUGCUGAGGAGGAGCGCAAAGUAGACUUUUACACAUGGUACCCUAUCAGACUGAAUGUGAAAGAGCUAGGAAGAGACCAUGUAAAACACUCAUGGUCCACAGAGAAAGGGAACAGGACGAUAGAAAGCCUUCCUGGAAGCAUGAGACAACCAGUCAUGUUUAGAAAUGGGACCACGGGCAAGGUAUUCUGAGGUAGCUAGACAUAAAGUCCAGUGUUCUGUUUGAACAUUCCCUGGGGCCUAUCACCAUUUCACACCUGCAACCACUGGACCCAUGAGGAAGAAGAGAUCAAAGAGAUGAACCGAAAAGUGGCUUAGAUUUGAAAACAUUCCAGAGCAGACUGUUGUUGUGAGUGUUGAGAAAGAAAGGCAAAUGGCUGCCAGGGUCUUUUCUGGAUCAAAAUGUGCUUAGCUGGUGGGCGUGGCCAAUGGUGCAGUGGUCGAGCAACCAUUUUAGAGGCCCUUCUGUUGGCCGCAGUGACAGAAUGUAGCAGUUUUAAAGCACAUUUUCUCCAAUUCAAAAAAACUAUUGUGGCCCCAUGCCAUUACAAAAACAUCUGGGGGCCCCAUGCCAUGACAAAAACUCCUGAAUGCAUCAUUUUAUGAAUUGUAGAUUCUCCCUGUGUCUAGCUUUUAUUUUAGUUAUGGUUAGUUCUCAAAGAUGAUCUUUAUUAAAAAAUAUAUAGGUCCAUUAUCUCUUUUUAGUAAUUAUUAUUUAUUUAUUAAAUAAAAAUUAAAUAUAUAUACAUACAGUACCAGUCAAAGGUUUUGACACAGCUACUCAAGCAAGGGUUUUUCUUAUUUUCUACAUUGUGGAAUAAUAGUGAAGACAUCAAAAAUAUGAAAUAACACAUGGAAUCAUGUAGGAACCAAAAAAGUGUUAAACAGAUUUUAGAUUCUUCAAAGUAGCCACCCUUUGACUUGAUGACAGCUUUGCACACUCUUGGCAUUCUCUCAACCAGCUUCACCUGGAAUGCCUUUUCAACUGUCUUGAAGGAGUUCCAACAUGCUGAGCACUUGUUGACUGCUUUUCCUUCACUCUGCGGUCCAAAUCAUCCCAAACCAUCUCAAUUGGGUUGAGGUCGGGUGAUUGUGGAUGCCAGGUCAUUGGAUGCAGCACUCCAUCACUCUCCUUCUUGGUCAAUUAGCCCUUAUACAGCCUGUAGGUGUGUUGGGUCAUUGUCCUGUUGAAAAACAAAGGAUAGUCUUAGCGCAAACCAGAUGGGAUGGCGUAUCGCUGCAGAAUGCUGUGGUAGCCAUGCUGGUUAAGUGUGCCUUGAAUUCUAAAUAAAUCACUGACAGUGUCACCAUCACACGCCCUCCUCCAUGCUUCACUGUGGGAACCACACAUGUGGAGAUCAUCUAUUCACUUUAUUCUUCAUCUCACAAAGACAUGGCGGUUGGAACCAAAAAUCUCAAAUUUGGACACAUCAGACAGACCAAAGGACAGAUUUCCACUGGUCUAAUGUCCAUGUCUUGUGUUUCUUGGCCCAAGCAAGUCUCUUUUUCUUAUCGGUGUCCUUUAGUAGUGGUUUCUUUGCAGCAAUUCGACCAUGAAGGCCUGAUUCACACAGUCUACUCUGAACAGUUGAUGUUGAGAUUUGUCUGUUACUUGAACUCUGUGUAGCAUUUAUUUGGGCUGCAAUCUGAGAUGCAGUUGACUCUAAUGAACUUAUCCUCUGCAGCAGAGGUAACUCUGGGUCUUCUAUGGCGGUCCUCAUGACAGCCAGUUUCAUCAUAGCGUUUGAUGGUUUUUGUGACUGCACUUGAAGAAACUUUAAAAGUUCUUGAAAUGUUCCGUAUUGACUGACCUUCGUGUCUUAAAGUAAUGAUCGACUGUUGUUUCUCUUUGCUUAUUUGAGCUGUUUUUGCCAUAAUAUGGACUUAGCCCUAUUUGGUAAAAGACCAUCUUCUGUAUCCCACCCCUACCUUGUCACAAGACAACUGAUUGUCUCAAAUGCAUUAAGAAGGAAAGAAAUUCCACAAAUUGACUUUUAACAAGGCACACCUGUUAAUUGAAAUACAUUCCAUGUGACUACCUCAUGAAGCUGGUUGAUAGAAUGCCAAGACACUGCAAAGCUGUCAUCAAGGCAAAGGGUGGCUACUUUGAAGAAUCUCAAAUAUAAAAUAUGUUUUGAUUUGUUUAACACCUUUUUGGUUACUACAUGAUUCCAUAUGUGUUAUUUCAUAGUUUGGAUGUCUUAACUAUUAUUCUACAAUGUAGAAAACAGUAAAAAUAAAGAAAAACCCUUGAAUGAGUAGAUGUGUCCAAACUGUUGACUGGUACUGUAUAUAUCAUAAUAUAUAGUCCUUUUUAUGUUUUACAUAAGCAGCCCAGAAAAGCACUUAGGCAGCCUACCCAAGACUUUUCUAUGUAGAAAAAACCCUGGCUGCUGUACUUUUUAACAGAUUAUUUGGUGUUCUGCACAGUGGUUUGAUUGGGUUUGCCUUGUUGUUUUUUACAAGGUUGUGGUACUGAGAGAGGACUACACAGGGAAAUAUCCGCAGUCUUUCUCCUUUUUAAAAAGAAGAACCUCAAAUGCUGCUGAUUUGGUUUAGUGGUUUUCAGAAGCUUGAUUUGACAUGUUCUAUUUAUUUUCUAUUCUGUUUCGAGGAAUGCAGAGAAAUAAGUCUGUCGUUCCACCAAUUCAGUGCCUUUUCAUCUGUAUAUUGUUCGUUGAUUUCACCUACUUUUAGACAUUCUAUCAUAAAGAGUACAUGUUCAACUUCAUUUACAAAACACAUUUUCCCAUCUCGGGUUUGAAUGUACAUUUUUUUACUAUAGUAAGUGCCAAGUAAAGUAACGAGCUUGACGAUUUUAUCUUAAAUCAGCCAUAAAUCCCCUUGUGGCAGAGCUUGUUGUGUGCAGCAGGGAGGGGAAAUUGAAUGCAUGCUUCACAAAACAAUAGAAUUCUUCUAAAAUGUCAAGCCUGGGCAUCUGGUUAACAGGGUUGAAGUGUUCUGCUCGGCCCGCUCAGUUUUCCACCGCAAAACACCAGAAAUGUUUUCAGAAGAACCAGCUCACCUGCUCUUACUCAAUUAUUUGGACUAAUAGAUGUUCAAUGUGUUUUUAUUAAAAAUGAAUAUUAUUUAAAAAGUUUCACCAUAUUAAAACAAGAGUUCUCAUAACCGGGUUGAGCUUAAAAUUAGGGAAAGGUUUAUUUUUUUCUUUAAACUCAAUGACUCAUUGCAUUUUAAAUGAAUAAAAAUCUUCAGAAAUUACUGUCAAAGCAACAAAAUAACUAGGACUUUACAAUGAUGGAGAAAUGUUCAUCUUCUUGGAAGUCACAGAGAGACAUGAAAUGCAAUCUGAGAUGCAGUUGACUCUAAUUUUGGCAAUUUAGUAAGUCUUUAUUCAUAUAAAAACAAAUAUUUAUUGAAAUCUCCAUGUGGUCUAUAUUAAAGGGCACUUCAUCAAAUAUAACGCUGUUAAAUUUUGUACUUAAAAUAUCAAAGGGAUGCAAAGGGCACUUAUUUCGUGGAACGACCCAAGUAGAAUUUGAUUGUUUUAAUUUUUAUCCCUGGACAGAAUGUGAGUGUGAGUGUGUGUGAAUGUAUGUACGCAUUUCUACUCUGACGAGGGUCUCUCAUGGUGAGCUAAAAAGCACAUAAUUCAUCAAAUGAAAAACUGAAAGAAAACAUUGCCUUCUGUUUUAGGGAAACUGUCUUUACAGACAGUACUUUGUCAUUUUAGGAUUAGUGGUACUACACUAGUUUGUGCUGUCAUUCUGAAUGCUGUGUGUGUGUCUCUGACUGACUGCAGAAAGUUUGUACUGUGCGUCUUAUCUAAUGUACUUAUCCUUGAAGGAUGUUUUUGUACAUGUUAAAAAGUCUAACAGAUGCUUUUAUCCAAAGCAAUGUACUGUGCUGAUAAUACAAUACCACACACUGGUCCUCUGUUGUUUUUCUGUAUCCGUGUUGGUUGAAUACAACAGAAGCACCCCACAUGUCCUUACCUCCAUUUUGGGAGUUGUACUCACUGCCUGCCCCUAUGCAACAUAUACCUGACACGUAUAACACAUUUCUAAAGAUGUGGUGAUUCAGUAGAGGCAGAAACCACAUACUGUAGUGUUAAUAUCAUUCCAUUAACAAACCACCAUGUCUUAAUUCAUGUCUCCCCCAUUCUGACGUUAUGACUGCAAUACUGGUAUUGGACAGCAGGGGGAGACACUUCAUCUUGGUAGAUCAUUAACUGUACUGUAAUGGGUUUUGCACAGACUUCCGCUAUAUUAAACUGUGUGCGCGCAUGCACAUGUUUAUCACUUCAAUAAUGUCGCUAUGACUGUGUCAGUUACAAAACUGGUUCAAUCCUUUCCCAGUCGUUGGUAUGUCUCACUAAUGUCUUUGUGGAUACUUUUCCAUCACAGAUAGACAAAUGUCCCAGUGUAGUUGUAUUGUAGGAGAGCUAAACAAAGGACAAGGUUCUAUUAGGCUAGUUUAGCUUAGCAGUGCUGUUUAGCUUAGCAGUGCUGUCCAUUGAACAUUGGGAACUAUACAUCUUUUCAGGGGUGUUUCCUCAACUGUGUUGUAAUGCUGUGAUACCACUGUAAUGAAGUGAACGGGAAGGAAGAGCUGUUUUGUAACGGGGGUAGGAAUGUGAAAUAUGGUGUCCGUAUUCCUCACGGUGCCACUUCUAAGAUGUACUUUUUGGAUUUUGUUCAAUGUGCCUUUUUUAUGAACAAUCAUUUGGUUCCAUAAAGCAUGUUAAGGUGGUAACUUUCUCUCUAGGUCCAGGCUGGUAACAUUAAAUGGUAUCUUGCCACGUGCACUAUAGCUCUUUACUAUGACGGUACAAGGCAGCAUACAGGACCUGGUACUCUUUGUCCCUAAACUCCUUAGAUUAGAUGAAAGAAAAUUGCACAUUUUUCAUUGAAUUCCCUAAUGACUCUGGACUUGGGCUUUUUGAAGGAUAAUUGUUUGUGUAAACGCAUGUGUUCUGUUACUGUGUGUGUGUGAGUGUAUGGUCCUGUUGUGUGAGCAAGCAUGCAUCCCUCCCUCCCUCUUCUCUUUUAUAUCUAUGCAGUGACCAAGUACAUUGAAGUCCCAUACAAGUUGGAAAGACUUAAAAUGGCUAUACUACCUAUGUGUGUGUUGGGUGUAACCUGAAUUUUCAGUCCAAUACGAUCCCUUUCAGCCUUAUAGCACUUGGCAAAAGGCAGUUUAUCUUAUUUUGUAAUAUUUUCCAAGGUGUGAAUUAAAAACCUGAUGGUUACAUCAAAGAUGAAA